AUCUUUUGGAAGCAAUCAAACCAAUCCAGCUACCAAAACACCGCGUGGUAUGGUUCUCAACUAUUUCAUACAGAGAGGGAGACAGAGGAAGACGAAGUCUGGUUGACUGCUAGCUCCGGCGUCCAGGCGCCCCACGCCGGCGGCGAGUCCCGCGACUGGGCAGGCACUUCACUGCCAUCAGUGCCAUGGCUCCUUCAGAUCUCUUCCUCCUCCUCCUGCUUGCAACGGCUGCUCCGUUGACCACGGGGCAGGGUUUCGACUACCCGACGGCCAACCUCUCGACGCUGUGGACCAACAGCAACGCCGCACUCUCGCACAGCGUCACCUACUCCGACGGCACAGUCCUGCGCGCCAUCGUCCUCCGGUCACCGAAAACUUUUUACGGCCCAUCCUUUGCCGCGGGGUUCUUCUGCGCAUCCUCCCCCUGCAACGCGUUCCUCUUCGCCGUCUUCAUCGUCUACACUAACAGUGGUGCCAGGAUCACAAACCCGACCAACGGCAUCCCACAGGUGGUCUGGUCGGCCAAUCGUGUUCGCCCAGUCAAGGAGAAUGCAACACUUGAGCUUGGUGUGGAUGGCAACCUGGUCCUCCGUGAUGCUGACAGCAGCCUCGUCUGGUCAAGUGGCAGCAAGGGACGGUCUGUCGCCGGCAUGGCGAUCACCGAGCUCGGCAACCUUGUGCUGUUUGAUCAGAAGAAUGCAACAGUUUGGCAGUCAUUUGAUCAUCCAACCGACGCGUUGGUCCCUGGGCAGUCAAUGCUGGAAGGCAUGAGGCUCACUGCAAAUACCUCUGCAACAAACUGGACUCAGAAUCAGCUAUACAUGACUGUUCUCCCAAAUGGACUGUAUGCCUAUGUCGAAUCCACACCUCCACAGCUCUAUUUCUCGCUUUCAGGGAACAAAAACAAGACGGCAAAUGAUCCGACAAAGGUUACCUUCACUAAUGGCAGCCUCAGCAUCUUCGUGCAGUCCACACUGCCAUAUCCAAGUACUAUCACAUUGCCAGCAGCUAAAUCCACCCAGUACAUGAGGUUUGAAUCUGAUGGACACCUGAGGCUGUACGAAUGGUCCGAUGCAGAAUCAAAGUGGGCCGUAGUGUAUAAUGUGAUCAAGAUGUUUCCUGACGACUGCGCUUUCCCAACAGUCUGCGGGGAAUACGGGAUAUGCACGGGCGGGCAAUGCAUCUGUCCCUCUCAGAGUAAUUCUAGUUUAAGAUACUUCACGCCAGUGGACGAACGGAAGGCGAAUCUUGGUUGUGGGCCACUGACUCCAAUCUCCUGUCAAGAAAUGCAAUACCAUGAUCUCUUGACCCUUACUGAUGUUUCAUACUUUGAUGCCAGCCACACCUUUGUAAAUGCAAGAAACAGAGAUGACUGUAAGCAAGCAUGCCUGAAAAAUUGCUCCUGCCGGGCCGUUAUCUUCAGGUAUGGCAAUAAUGAUUCUGAUGGUGAUUGUUUGUGGAUAACGAAGGUCUUCUCAUUGCAAUCGAUACAACCUGAGAUUGUUCAUUACAACUCCUCCGCUUAUCUUAAGGUGCAGCUUAGCCACUCCCCUCCUGCAUCUACUCCUACUGCAAACAAAAAUAAGAUAAUUUUAGGCGCAACACUUGCAGGUAUUGGUACUAUUCUAUUAGUAAUCAUUGCUGCCACUCUUUAUGUACGAAGGAGGAGGAAGUACCAAGAGAUAGAUGAAGAAUUUGAUUUUGAUCAAUUGUCUGGCAUGCCAACGAGAUUUUCUUAUGAAAAGUUGAGAGAAUGCACCGAAGACUUCAGUAAAAAGCUCGGAGAAGGUGGAUUUGGAUCAGUUUUUGAAGGAAAAUUAGAUGAAGAGAGAGUAGCAGUGAAACGCUUGGAAAGUGCUAGGCAAGGGAAGAAAGAAUUCUUGGCAGAGGUCGAGACGAUUGGAAGCAUUGAACACAUAAAUCUUGUCAGACUGGUAGGCUUCUGUGCAGAGAAAUCGCAUAGGCUUCUAGUAUAUGAAUAUAUGCCUAGAGGUUCCCUUGAUAGGUGGAUCUAUUACCGCCAUAAUAAUGCCCCUCUUGACUGGGGCACCCGGUGUAGGAUCAUUCUGGAUAUUGCCAAGGGCUUAUGCUAUCUUCAUGAGGAGUGCAGGCGAAAAAUUGCUCAUUUGGACAUUAAACCACAAAAUAUUCUCUUAGAUGAGAACUUCAACGCCAAAUUGGCAGAUUUUGGAUUAUCCAAGCUAAUAGAUAGGGAUCAAAGCAAGGUCAUGACUGUAAUGAGAGGCACACCUGGGUAUCUGGCACCUGAAUGGUUAACAUCCCAAAUCACUGAAAAAGUAGAUAUCUACAGCUUUGGAGUUGUUAUGAUGGAAGUAAUAAGUGGAAGAAAAAGUAUUGAUAAUUCUCAGCCUGAGGAGAGUGUUCAGCUGAUCAAUUUGUUACGAGAAAAGGCUCAAACCAACAAGCUUAUUGACAUGAUUGACAAGCAAAGUGAUGAGAUGGUCUCACGCCAGGAGGAAGUGAUUCAGAUGAUUAAGCUCGCAAUGUGGUGCUUGCAAAAUGAUAGCAAUCGAAGGCCUACCAUGUCAACGGUGGCCAAGGUACUGGAAGGUGCCAUGACAGUAGAAACUUGUAUAGAUUACAGCUUUUUCAAUGCAGAUCCAGUAUUGUCUGUUCAAGGAAGUCAAUCGACAUAUUCAGCUCCACCACCAGCAUCAGUCUUAUCUGGUCCAAGGUGAAACGUGUUGGUAAUGGUCAGAAGGAAAAUCCAUAUUAUACACUUUGGCUACUUUUGUAAUGUAUCUGAUUUCUAAUUUGGAUGUAUGUUUUAGACGGCACCAGAAGAAUAAUUUUUAGGCAACAUAUAUGUUACAUUUUUCAGUGAAGUUAUUACUGUACCUUUACAUCUGAAAAUAAAAGGUAGUGUCACUGCCAAUCGUACA